CAUAUUGUACAGUCCACAGAGCAACAUCAUGAUGGAACGGGUCUGGCUGGUUGUCUUGUAUCUCUCAGGCUGGGAGAUCUCCACGUGCCUCUUGCAUCAGUACCACUAUGUUGCUGAUAAAAAGACUUGGGCUGAAGCUCAGGCCUACUGCAGAGAGACAUACACGGACCUGGCCACCAUUAGAAACUCUGAAGAAAUGAACCAACUCCUCGGCACCAUCGCAUCUUUUGGCUACAAAUCUGAGGUGUGGAUUGGCCUGUACACUACGAUCGACUGGAGGUGGUCCGACGGCUACAGAGGGCGUGGAACUGAGUAUAGGGACUGGCAAGAUCGUACUGACAAUGAACCAGACUUUUCCUCAGCGGCUCAGUUCUGUGUGUUAAUUGACAACACUGGUGGCUGGUGGGAUGAUGAUUGCACCUUAGCCUACCCAUUUAUCUGUUACACAGGAACACAGCUGAAUCCUGAAUAUGUUGUCGUGAGUGAAAAAAUGAAUUGGUCCGGUGCUCAGAGCUACUGCAGGAAGAACUACAUAGACCUGGCCACUGUGAGGAACGACACUGAGAACCAGAAGGUCCUGAGCUUGGUGCCGAGUGGAGGCUGGACAUGGAUUGGUUUGUUCAGAGACCCUAACUUGUACUGGUCCGAUGGGAGUGACUACUCAUUCAGCUACUGGUCCACAGGUUCAUUCGCUAUUGGCUCGACGAGGGCCUGUGGUCUUGCAGCUUUGUAGAGUACAGGAAAAUGGAAGACACAGACCUGUGAGACUAGAUUACCGUUUGUCUGCUACAGCGUCCCUCUGCCUGCAGUCAUGAGGCAGACAAUUAAACUGAGGAUGAAGACAGGGGACCCCUUUCUGGAUCUGAAUGACCCUGCGGUAAAAGCAGUCAUCCUGAAAAAGCUCCAGGGCAGGCUGAAGGAGAAUGGAAUGAGUGGAGUCACCCUGAAGUGGAGAGAACAGCCUGAUGGGAAAGUCUUCCACAAGGAGGGACAAGCUCACAGAGGAAAUUCAAACAGAAAACUGAGCUCUGAAAUUGAAGUCUGAUUUUACUUCUGUUUACGCAUGGUGAAGGGUUUGUUCUCUAUCUGCUAAUAGGCUGCACACACCUGAACAAGUCCUGUAGACUGCCAUGAAAUACUUUUCUUUUCAUUUAGUGUGAAAUACAAUUUAUUUUGAUUUUCUCCUGAAUUUUGAACCCUUAU